AUGAAGUUUAUCAUGUUCACGAAACAUCUGGAAGGCUUAGAAAUUCCAGAUAUUAUCACCGCGUUGCAAUCGGUAGGGGUCAGCGGUGCGGAUCUGUGUGUCCGCCCUGGCUAUCCGGUGAACCCGGAAAAUGCGACGGAGGCGUUACCUGCCGCCGCAAAGCAGUUCGCCGCUGCCGGCUUGUCUAUUCCACUUGUCACAACACCGGGUGAUUUUCUUAAUCCGGGGCAGGAAGAGACGCGCCGUGUCUACGCCGCUGCAGGUGAAGCAGGUGUCGAAAAUAUCAAACUGGGAUACUGGCACUGGCACGCAGAGGAUGGCGGCUACUGGGCACAGGUCGAUUUUAUCCGUAAGCAAUUGGACGGGUUUGCGAAACUCUCUGCGCAAUACGGACCUCGGACAUGCAUCCAUAACCAUUCUGGAACCUCCAUGGGGCUGAAUUCGUGUGCAGUGAUGAACCUCGUAAAAGGUUUCGACGCGCAGCACGUCGGCGUUUUUGCCGAUACAGGACACCUGUCCAUCGUCGGGGAACCGAUUGACAUGGCACUGGAUAUUGUCAAAUCGCAUCUCGCAGUUAUCGCCUUCAAGGACCUUGCACGUUCGCCCGGCACGCGCGGCGGCAGAGUCGUCCGAAUGGGACAAGGCUUCGUUGACUGGGAGACGGCAGUAAAUACGCUACAAACAAUCGGCUUUUCAGGUCCCGUGAGUUUCCAUAGCGAAUACAGCGGAGAGCCCGUGGAAACCGUUAUCGAUCUCGCCCGUGUAGAUGUCCGCUUCAUUAGCAGUCUGUUGAACAAAUAA